UACCCACGGGGUGGGCUUUCCAUGGAGAAGGCGGUCGCCGCCCCAAAUGCUUUCUCCACUGAUAGCGAAACCGAGGCAGAGAAGCCAUUACUGGAGCUUGAAGAAGAAGAAGGCUACUGCUCUUCUUGCAAAAGGCGGAGUAGAGGCGGAGCAGCACGGAGCAACCACGGAGCAGUCGCUGGCCUGGUCGCCAGUCGAGAAGAGGAGGAUCGCCGGGUCCUGGUCGCCGGUCGAGAAGAAAAGGAUCGCGGUCGCCUGGUCGCCAGCAGCAGGAAACGAAAAACCAGACUGCGCUCCGCUUAGUCGCGGAUGAUUUAGGGUUUUGAGGCUUCAGCCGAUUUUUUUUUUUUUUCCUAAAGCCAAAAUGACGUCGUGUCCUACCCAUUAGCUUUCUCCCGGUUAGACCAAAAUCGGGCGUUUUUUUGAAUUGUACCGGUUUUAUCGGGAAAACCGGUCGGAAUGAUUCUUUCACAACAAACCAGCUACCGUAUCGGCCAGGCGCCGGUUUCUGAUUUUAUCGGUUCAACCGGCCGGUACGAUCCGGUUUCCUUUACUAUGAUUACAGGGGGCGAGCAAUCGAGCAGCUGGAAAAAGCCCGGGCCCGCUUAUUACGCUCGUUGGGUUCUGUUCUUGUUACUUUAUAUUUCGGAGUCAUUUGAUCUCUUGAUAAAGUCCUAACUAGAAAUAUCUUAAGAGAAGUCAUUUGCAUUGCAUCUUAAAAUUUUAAAUUGGAUUUGAUUAAAGCAAGGAUAAGGGAUUUCUUAGGUUAUUAAAAAAUACAUAGUGAGGUGGAUUUUUAGAAACCCAUCCUUCGAAGGAAUCAGACAUGAAAAAUUUUCACCAUCCGGCUCGAGCAAGAAUCAAGCAAAAGGAGGAAUCCGCACUAAGGAGGGGGCUCGCGUCUGAUUAGCUAGUUGGUGAGGUAAUAGCUUACCAAUGCGAUGAUCAGUAGCUGGUCCGAGAGGAUGAUCAGCCACAUUGGGAUUGAGACACGACCCAGACUCCUACGGGAGGCAGCAGUGGGGAAUUUUUCGCAAUGGGCAAAAGCCUGACGAAGCAAUACCGCGUGGAGGUAGAAGGCCUACGGGUCGUUUUUCACCCGAAGAACUAAUUGGAUUAUUGUGAGCGGAACGAAUAGGGCGCGCUUUGGAAGAAACGAUCGGUUACCGAGCCAUAUUAUUGGGAAUAACGCAAUGAAUCAUUUCUUCGGACAGAAGAAGAUUAUGUAAACACUUACUCGAAAUCUCACUUAUCAGAUUCCAUUGUGGAAGACGCGGGAAAGAUUCAAAAUUGUGAAGGCUAGCCUUUCGCUAUGAAAGGUGGGCAGCUCGUCGAUCGACUAGAGAUGCUUCAAUCAGUAGUCUCGAAAAGUUCAAAUCACAGGGCUCAACGCUGGACAGGCGGUGGAAACUGUCAAGCUGGAGUACGGUAGGGGUAGAGGGAAUUUCCGGUGGAGCGGUGAAAUGCGUAGAGAUUGGAAAGGACACCAACGACGUUUGUUACAUGGGUCGUGAGUGGGAACUUAGUUUCCGUCUGGGUAUGCCCCCUUGGAUUGUUGUUGCAUAUUUAGCUCCUUGUUGCAGCUGCUACUGCUGUUUUCUUGAUCUAUCCAAUCAGUCAAGCCUGAAUUGGAUCCCAAAUUGACGGGCUAGUGUGAGCUUAUCCAUGUGGUUAUGCUUGGUUAAAGAAACCCUCUACUUCAAUUGGUAUUUUUUUCACGAAAAGCAAACAUGAGAUAACAAAUCCAGUCUUUCACUAAGAUUUCGAAUAGUUGUCCCGAAUUCAAGUUGAUUAUGUUUCGCCCCUUCCUCGGAGAAAGACAAUCAAACAAUUCCCAAUCAUGGUCCUUGCAGAUCGGAUCAUCUAUAUAAUAUACAAAGAGAAACUCCAGAUAUUUGAUAUCUUUCUCUUUGAAUGAGGGUCAAACAACUAUUCAAAGUUCCUAAAGCUCCUUGUAAGGCUUGUUGGAGAACCCGUUGGCGGACUUGAGUAAUUGCUCUUUGCGGGAAAAAUAUAAACUUCCUCGGGAAUGAAAAAAAGCGAUCUAUUUUCAUUUGGUAUUUUGGCUUAAAUUCUUUGAUUCCUCGAUACUCAAUCAAAUCCUAUUUUUUAU